AUGUCACCCGUUACAACUACACAUAGGGAUGUUUCUGGAACAACAACGGACCACACUGAUCGGAACCCUCGUGGACCCUCGUCGGCGUCUUAUAGCUCGGUAGCAGGAGUUGGAGGUGUGAUCGGAGGUGUCAUCAUCACUGUCUGCAUUGUUGUGCUGUGGCGCUGCUAUCGCUCUCGACAAAUUAACAGACAGACAAACGGAGAAGAGGGAGAGAAGAAAGAGUCGAAUACAAGCUUUGGAUUAGAUCCCACAACGUCGUCAGGGAGAAAACCCGACCCAGUCCCAGUCCCAGUCCCAGAUAUUAUCAAGAUAUCUACUGGACCAGGUAUUGGCGCGGCGGAAAACGUGUAUGAUGUGGCCAACGAUGAGGAAAACCACACCGUGGGGAAUGAGCCUGCUGGUGCAGACCACGGACACUAUGAGGACAUAACAGAUGGAAUACCAGGGGCAGCUGUGUUCUCUGUGUCCAAAACAACCCCGGGGAAGAAGCCUGCUGCUGGAGACCACGGACACUAUGUGAACAUAACAGAUGGAAUACCAGGGGCAGCUGUGAACGCCCAGGACACAAAGUCACAACCACCUCUGGAGAAAGUUGACCCAACAGAGGGAGACUACAACAGACUGAUCCGAGACCACGCCACUCACAUCAGGAUGUUUGCACACGACAAAUAUAACAGGCCGGGAAUUAAGGAAACUUGUGGCCAACCCAAAGUCAGCGGUCCAUCAGCAGAGUAUUUUGUCCUGGAGAAGUCGGACGCCGUCUACAACAAACUAGGAGACAGUGCUACGACCACUAGUGGCCAACUCGAUAUCAGCGGUCCAUCAGCAGAGUAUUUUGUCCUGGAGAAAUCAGACACCGUCUACAACAAACUAGGAGACAGUGCUACGGCCACCACUAGUGGCCAACUCGAUAUCAGCGGUCCAUCAGCAGAGUAUUUUGUCCUGGAGAAGUCGGACACCGUCUACAACAAACUAGGAGACAGUGCUACGACCACUAGUGGCCAACUCGAUAUCAGCGGUCCAUCAGCAGAGUAUUUUGUCCUGGGGAAAUCAGACACCGUCUACAACAAACUAGGAGACAGUGCUACGGCCACCACUUGUGGCCAACUCAAUGUGAGCGGUCCAUCAGCAGAGUAUUUUGUCCUGGAGAAAUCAGACACCGUCUACAACAAACUAGGAGACAGUGCUACGGCCACCACGACUGAUGUGAAGAAUACCUACCACCGACUUGGGGACACCGCACCUGACAUCUACAGCAAACUUGAAAAGCAAUACUGUGUUGAAGAGGCACAACGAACCUACUGUAAACUCGGGGAGGCGACAUCCACCAUCUACGACAAACUUGAAGACAAACACUCUGUCGGGAACAAACAAGGAACAUACUGUAAACUCAAAGGAGCGACAGCCUAG